UCCCACACCAGCACACCCUUUAUUUGACAUGCGCCAAUCAUCCGUCCGGGGAGGGGGGGGGUGGGAUGUCUGACCCGUGGUGAUGGAAGUAUCGUAGCGUAAUCAUGGACAAAAUCUCUGCUUGGUAAUGAGUCAAAGUUUCCCAGAGGUGGGCAUAGUAUACCUAUAUAGGAGCCCCUUCAUUGUGUCCGAGUCUUGGAUGAAACCAAACAAGCAAACACGCAAACAGUACGAGUCUCUGUCUCUCUGAGCAUCCAGAUCUUGAUGUCCAUUGAUCACAUCUUCCUUGCAAGGCACAGCCUUGCCAACACAUCGUCCAUCAUGUCUUCGUUCACCACCGAGUCCAGCGGACAAACUAGCAGCACCAUGAGGAUGGGAUUCCAAAAAUCUAGCAUUCAGGUCAACGUUAGCAACCACUUCAACUCCAAGGUCUACACCUCGGGCUCUCCCGUCACCGGAGACGUCACUAUCAGAACUCGACGGGACGUGCGAUUCGACUAUAUCCAGAUCGUCCUGGUCGGCACUACCAGGACUCGCGUGGAUGGUGUCAACUCUGCCCGCGAAGUCGCACAUACCUUCCUGAAGAUGGUUAUGCCGAUUCCUGAGUCGUCAUACCCCGUCCCAAGAGUCCUCCACCCUGGCCAGACCUACACAGUUCCCUUCGAAUUCGUGAUACCAAACCAGCUCACGGUCAGCGCCUGCAACCACAAGGUUCGGUCCCCUCAACUACUCGACCAUCACAUCCUACUCCCGCCCUCGAUGGGGUCAUGGGAGAAGGACGACAUGGCGCCGCAUAUGGCCAGCGUCGAGUACGCCAUCAAGGCCCGCGUCUUCAGCCAGCCCGACCUCCACGGCAAGCAGGUCAAGGUCAUGGAAGCUUCCCAGAAGAUCCAAGUGCUCCCGUCAUCCGCCGAGGAACCUCCACUGAGCCUCACCAAGCACGACAGGUUGUACACCAUGACGAAGUCCAAGACGCUGAGGAAGGGCCUCCUCUCGGGCAAGCAGGGCCGCUUGACCGCCGAGGCCGUUCAACCAGGCGCAGUCACUCUGGGACCGGACGGGCAUGCCAUGUCGGGGACUACGGCGCAGAUCAAGCUCACUUUCGACCCGGCAUCUGCCGAUAUAGUCCCUCCCAAGGUGACGGGCGUCACCGGCAAGGUUGUCGCGCAUACCUACUACAGCAGCAGCGGAAUCAGCGACUUCCCCAACGUCGGUGACUGGACUCGGGAUGCAGUUACUCAGCAGCGCGGCGCCUACUCGGCAUCUGCCUCUCUCCCCGAGGUGUCAGUCGGGCAUGCCCUAUGGGCCCAGAAUCUCCCGUCGGUUGUCCGUCGGGAUUCGGGAUACUCGACCGGGUCUCGCUCAGAAUUGGACGUCGAAGGAGCCAACAAGUCCAGUCGCCGGGAAAGCAGGUCUCAUGGCGGGGCCAAGACCAAGACGGGCGUGGGCGCCGCUUCCCCCAUCUUCCACACCACGACGCUGCGGCUGCCCAUCAACCUACCCCUGGACAAGAAGACCUUCAUCCCGACCUUCCACUCCUGCAUCACCUCCCGCUUCUAUACGCUGCAGCUCUCCCUGUCCCUGGCAUCGGGCUCGAGCGUCAACACGGUCAGCCUGUCGCUGCCCCUCCAGGUGGCGGUGGCGCCGGAUCUGGAGCACGGCAUGGGGCUGCCGAGCUUCGAGACGGCCGUCCAGGAGGCCGAGGCGGAUGAGCACUUGCGGCCGCGGUUGAUCCAUGUCCCCGAGCAGGAAUACACGACGACGAGCGUGCUACCGGGAUAUGGCGAAUGGGUUGCGACUUCUUCUUAGCUGGAUACCCCGAUACGUCAAUUUUUUCAUCUCUUUGGUCUGUCUCUAUGUCCGUCUGUUGAAGCGUGGCUGUCUGGUCGCUGAAUGCGUAUAUACCUUGUUGGAUGGGACUGGGAAAUCUAUAGAAACGGCGUUGGGUCGGGCAUAGAAAAUAAUUGGCUUCUACUAGUAAUACUGUACACGUUAUUAUACCAA